AUGGAGACCAAGUCUUUCGCCCAACAAGAAAAUGAGAUCGACCAAACUGAGUCUACUGUGACCAACGUAUCCGAGAGCUUCGCCUCCGUGCAAGCACACGAGGUCUCACCACAUGCAGAGCAUCGACCCGCCCUUGACACCUCCAAGGAAGUGUCACCUCUUGACAGCGAUGCGGUUGACUUAACAAAAUGGGCGAGAAGAACGAUCAAUACCCUUGACCCUGUCACAUUGGAGGGCCGCAAGCGUGGGGUAUUGCUUCAGAACUUGCAUGUACACGGCUCGGGGUCUACGCUUCGUGUUCAACAUACGGUGCUCUCCUCGCUCUGGAGUCCGUUCGCACAGAUAGCAAGUCUUUGCAAUCGCAGAAAAAGCGGCCAAGGCCGCCAAACCAUUCUGCAUGGAUUUGAUGGGCUUAUUCAACAUGGAGAGAUGCUUCUUGUACUUGGCCGUCCGGGUAGUGGAUGUACGACAUUUCUGAAGGCGCUCUGCGGACGCCUCGAUGGAUUGGAGCUGGAUCUGGCUAGCAAGAUCGAGUACAGGGGAAUCUCGUUCGAGAAUAUGAUGACUGGGUUCCGGGGAGAAGUUGUCUACAACUCAGAGGCCGAUCAUCAUUUUCCUCACCUAACUGUGGGGGAGACCCUCCGCUUCGCGGCAUACGCACGCGCGCCACACAACCGCUUAGGCGGAAUGAGCCGGGAAAAAUACGUCCAAAAUGCCGUGAAAAUAGUCAUGGAAUUUUUUGGCCUUUCACACACCUAUGAUUCAAAGGUCGGAGACGACUAUAUCCGUGGCGUCAGUGGAGGAGAACGGAAGAGAGUGAGCAUUGCAGAGAUGGCCUUGUCUCGUGCCUCCAUUGCUGCUUGGGAUAAUAGUACUCGGGGGUUGGACUCUGCGUCUGCGCUAGACUUCGCUGGUGCGCUUCGUCUUUCCGCCGAUCUCCUUGGAUCUUGUCAUGCGGUCGCUGCCUACCAAGCUUCUGAAAAUAUGUACAGCAUUUUCGAUAAAGUUACUGUUCUGUAUGAAGGACAGCAAGUUUAUUACGGUCCAUGCAAUCGGGCUGUGCAGUAUUUCGUGGAGAUGGGCUGGGAACGUCCUACUCGACAGACAAGUGCCGAUUUUAUUGCUGCCGUCACCAACCCCACCGAGCGAAAGCCACAAGCUGGCAUGGAGGGCAAAAUACCAUGUUCUCCUUUUGAAUUCAGCGAAUACUGGAAGAAAAGCCCCGACUAUGCCAGUUUGCAACUAUCGAUGCGCCAGCACUCCCAAGAAACCUCUGUUGACGGCACAGAAGAAAUCAAGCUGGCUCAUAUCAAGCAUGCCGAACAAGCCGACCAUGUUCGGUCCUCGAGCCCUUAUCUUAUUUCUCUCCCGAUGCAAAUCCGCCUUUGCCUAGCAAGGGCCUUCCAACGCACUCGAAACGACCUCCCAUCCCUGAUCGCGACGGCAAUUGUGCAGAUUGUGGUCGCCGUUAUCAUCGGGUCUUUGUUUUUCAACAUCCCACAGAGUUCGGAGGGAAUGAGCCAGAGAUCGAGCGUUAUAUUCCUGGCCGUUCUCACUAAUGCAUUGAUUUCUAUGUUGGAGAUCAAUGUUUUAUACAGCCAGAGACGAAUUGUGGAGAAACAAACCGCUUUCGCGUUCGUUCAUCCCUGCGCUGAAGCAUGCGCCGGUAUCAUCCUGGAUCUUCCUAUCAAGUUAUUCCGCUGUCUCUUGGCUGGGGUUAUUCUAUACUUCAUGGCCAAUCUACGAAGAGAAGCAUCGAACUUCUUUAUCUACAUUCUCUUCCAACUUACCGCAGUGGUGGCGAUGUCAGGGAUGUUCCGUACAUUGGCUAGUAUGACUCGUGCGAUCGGACAAGCUAUGGCACUGGCAGGCAUUGUAAUCAUUUGCAUUGCGGUCUUUACUGGAUUCACCUUGCCACAAUUCGACAUGCCGCCGUGGUUUGGCUGGAUCCGGUGGCUCAACCCGAUCUUCUAUGCCUACGAGAGUAUUAUUAGCAACGAGUUUCAUGGUCGCUGGUUUGAAUGCGUCAAUUUUGUGCCAGCCGACAUCUCUUCUUUCAUUGGGAAAUCCUUCACAUGCUCUUCACUCGGUUCUAGGGCAGGGGAAUACCUUGUUUCUGGAGAUGAAUAUAUUUGGGACGGCUACCAGUACAGCCACAAACAUAUGUGGCGAAACUUGGGCAUAAUGUUGGCUUUCGCACUAGUCUUCCACGGUAUUCAUCUUGUGCUCGUAGAGUAUACGCCACAAACCAAAACGACUGCAGAAGCGUUAAUCUUUCGUCCGGGGCAUGUCCCUGGGGCAGUGCGUGAAGGGGAUGUGGAGUCCGGGGAAGAACCACUUACAAAAAAGGAGUUCAGAAAUCUCGACUCUCGCAUUGUCAAUUUUUCAAAACAGAAUAAUACGGUUAGCUGGAAAGGCCUUACCUAUGAUUUACCUGUUAAAGGAAAUCACAAAAGACUCCUAGAGGACGUCAAUGGCUGGGUUAAGCCAGGAACACUCACGGCUCUUAUGGGCGUUUCCGGUGCAGGGAAAACCACUCUUCUGGAUGUUCUGGCUCAGCGUAUGACUAUUGGAGUUGUUACUGGGGACGUAUUGGUCAAUGGGCACCGUCUUGAUGAAAGCUUCAGUAGAAAAACUGCAUAUGUCCACCAGCAAGAUCUUCACCUGGAGACUGCCACUGUCCGUGAGGCUCUUCGUUUCAACGCGAUACUAAGACAGGCUCAAUCCGUAACAGUUUGUGAAAAAUAUGCAUUUGUUGAGGAUGUCAUUCAGAUGCUGGGGAUGGAAGACUUCGCCGAAGCCGUGAUUGGCAUCCCAGGAGAGGGGCUCAACAUUGAGCAAAGAAAGCUUCUGAGUAUCGGUGUCGAACUUGCUGCAAAACCUCAACUCCUAAUAUUUCUCGACGAACCUACAAGCGGCCUAGACUCCCAAAGCUCUUGGACUAUAUGUGCAUUCAUGAGAAAGCUUGCCGAUCAUGGACAAGCCGUCCUUGCUACGAUUCAUCAGCCCGGCGCUAUCCUAUUCGAACAAUUUGAUCGCUUACUGUUCCUUGUGGAAGGAGGCAAAACAGUGUAUUUCGGUGAUGUUGGGCAUCAGGCCCACACUCUUCUUGGCUAUUUUGAGAAUAAUGGAGCACGACGAUGUGGGGAGAGAGAAAAUCCUGCCGAGUAUAUCCUCGAUGUCGUCGGCAAGAAUGCAAAUGAGCAAGAAACAACUAUCAACUGGGUUGAUGUAUGGAAUAACAGCCCAGAGCGACAGCAAGUCCUCGAUGAAUUAGACUGCAUAUCUUCCUCUGCCUCCGCACCUGCGCCUCUCGAGCCUACUGUCGGUGAUGAAUUUGCGAUGCCAGUCAGGGCCCAGUUCUACCAUGUCAUCAAGCGUGAUUUCCAGCAAUACUAUCGUCAGCCCGCCUACAUCUUGUCUAAGUUCGCCUUGGGAAUUGUCUGUGGUCUGCUCAUUGGAUUCUCUUUCUGGAAAUCGAACCAUUCUCGACAAGGCUUCCAGAACACCCUGUUCAGCUUGUUCCUUCUGUGCACUAUUUUCUCUACCAUGGUCAACCAGAUUAUGCCUAAAUUUGCGAACCAGCGGUCACUCUACGAGCUACGUGAGCGACCGUCGAAAACAUACUCCUGGAAGGUCUUUAUCGUAUCCCAGAUAUUGGUUGAGGUUCCAUGGCAAAUCUUGCUUGGGGUCUGCACAUGGGCCUCUUUCUACUUCUCUGUUUACGGUGCCAGUCAGUCUCCACAGAGUCAAGGCCUCGUCCUUCUGUUCAUCGUGCAAUUCUUCCUGUUUGCUUCCACUUUUGCACAAUUUGUGAUUGCCGCAUUGCCGAACCCAGCCCUGGGAAGCAUGAUUGCCGUCUUUAUAUUCCUUCUCUCCCUGCUUUUCAAUGGUAUCCUGCAGCCACCGAGUGCCCUGCCUCAUUUUUGGAAAUUCAUGCACCAUCUGUCCCCGCUCACCUACUACGUUGGAGGAAUCAGCGCCACUGCAUUGCAUGGCAGGGAGAUACACUGUUCCGAUCGUGAGCUAAGCAUAUUUGACCCCCCACCGGGGCAGACUUGUGGUCAAUACUUGGGAACAUUUUUGGAAUAUGCACCCGAUCAGUACCUCGCUGGCCGAGAAAUUUUUUGGGAAGAUCGCUGGAAGGACUUCGGGAUCUUCUGGGCAUACACCAUUUUCAACAUCUUGGCGGCUAUUGGGCUGUACUAUCUAUUCCGCGUUCUACCGCAUUUAAGGAAGACUAAAGCUCGGGGUGUUCACAAUAAUUAA